CAAAGAAAUGUCACCGGUUGGGGCUGCAGAGAACAUGAUGACAGAUAAGCCUCUACCUCAGGGCCUGUCCGGAAGUCUGCUCGGGAUCCUCGGGGGAGUGGUGGCAGCUCUGCUAAUAAUCACUGCAGCUGUGAGUGCAUUUCUGGUGAGAAGGAAAAAGCAGAAACAACGAUCUGACACAGACAGUGAUAUGGCUGAUCUCCCUCCUUCUCAUAAACCAGCUCCUCCACCAAAGAAGAAAUCAGAGAUGAAGACACAUCUAACGGCACAUGAUAUUCAGGUUGUACACUUGGACCCUGUUAAAGCUGAAGAGGAGAUAAUAGCACUGCCGAUACAAACCUCAUAUUAUGACAUGUCGGCAUCCGACAACGCCCUCUACUGUGAUAAAAGGAUGUUUGGAGAACGUUGUCCAGAAAUACCUGAACCCCAUGACUUCCUAAACACGCGAUGUGCCCAUGAGAAGGACUACUACUUGGACCAAUUACAUCCUGGCUAUGUGCCCCUCUCAUUCUUCUUGCAGGACUCAAGGAAAUCUCCCGAAUCUACCUUUUGUUACCCUCCAGCUGGUUCCAGGGCACCAUAUAUCUGCCCUAAAGAGCAGUAUGUCUGAAGAUGCUCAUGAGCAGGACCCCGCACGUCUUACCCGAUGACCCAGUACAAUUGCAGUAUAUACCCUAAAUGCUACUACGUCUUACAGCCUGCCCCCCUUUUACACGCCACUCUCUCGUGGUCAACUGCCAGAGGCGGGCUUGCCUUUUAAUUGUUACGGCGUAUGUCUGAGAAUGAACCUGAGGUGAUACCUAACGUGUGGAUGGAUGGCUAAUUUACAAUAGAGUCUCUUGGAAGGUACUUCCUGGCUGAAGGAAGGAUUUUCCUGGUGGAGAAUAUUACCUGGCAGUAUUAUAGGUAAUAUGGUCCCUGGGAAAAGGUUUUCAGGUUAGCUCUCUUCCAGAAGAAAGACUCUCUCUCUAGUGCCACAUACAGGUCAAUGUAUGACCCUUAAAACAUGACUAGGCAUUCAGCUAAACCAAAGUAUAAGUCAAUGGUGUACCUACCAUGGAGGCAGUCCACCCAACUGCUAUAGGGCCAGGGUAAGAGGGGGCUGAACUGAUUCUUGAAAUAGAUCCACAAAAUUUUCUUGUAGCUACCACUAGGCUGAGCUCAGUGCAAGGAGAUUAUACAGCUGCCAUUGAUCUCAAUGGUAACUGUUUACAUUCCUAUACACCUACUUUGCCCUAAUGGUGGCUGCUAGUAGCCUGUUUUAUCAUGCACUAUGUGAAGGGAAACGGUAAAUGUAGAGCUGUAUGGCGGGAUUGUAGGGGUCUUGAUCACCAUAAUGGCCACCAUAUUUAUGAAACACCUGUUCCACGUUUUGCAAGAUAGAGGUUGGGUAAAGUGAGUAAUUUAAGUAUUAUUAUUAUUGUUAGUAUUAUUAUUUAUUUAUUUAUUUAAUUUAAAAAAAAUCCUCCAUAAAUCAGAGAUCUCCCUGGGGGCCCUACAAUGUCUGUGCACACCCCUGUUAUCAGACAGCUCCCGUAUUGAUAAAUUUGCCCUAAGAUUACUAGCCAAGAUGACCAUACACAUUAGGGGAAGGUCAGACGAAUUCUACAAUUUCCAGCUGACCAUCUAAUGUUUGUAGUGGUGUCACAGAUGAUAGGCAACAGAAGGGUUGGGCAUGUUGGACUUCAACAUGCCCAAUCCUUUUGUUCUCGCAGGGGGUGCAGCUUACUCCCCUCUCUCUGUUCAGAACAUCUGAAUGCUUGGCCAAACUGAGUCUCCAUGUGUAUGGGGGAAGGGGGAAGUCAAGAAUAGAUUUUGGUCAAACAGUGCAUGGCCACCCUAAGAAUAUGGUGCCUGUGUGAGGGAAAGGAAUAUUGUAGAGUUAUUAAAGUCACCCUCAGCCAUUGACAGGAGGUCAAUGAACAGAAAAGUGAUGAUAGUGAACCAAAAUUCAAAGAAUCAUACGUUAACAGAUACAGAUAUAUAGUUUUCCACAUAUAUUUCUUGAAAUUAAUGGUUUUUACAAUGGGUAAAUAUCAUCAGAGAAACCUAUGGUGCAGCUGAUACAGUAUGUCGUCCUAAGUGCACAGUGACUCUAUCACUUCUAUGCUGUUCAUAUAUAGAUAUAUAUAUAUAUAUAUAUAUACAUUGUCUGAGAAUAAACACGGUUUUAUCAUACAAGAGGCUCUGCAACAUAAAUGUAAGAACAAAGCAAUGUGAAAGAGUCCUUAAGACUAUUGUAUAAGAGAAGUGGAGGAGCUACUGGUAUAUCCCCAUAGAAAGCCCCUUUGUUGUGGGGGAGUGAAAGAACACUACAAUUCUGCUAUUUUUGUUACAGAAUUCACUAUGCGAUAUAAAUUUAUUUAUUUAUUUAUCUAUUAUACUUACCUAUAUAGCGCUAAUAUAUCACACUGUCUCCAAUGGGGCUCACAAUCUAAGUAUAUGACAUGAUAGCUUUAUUCUACAGGUUGUUAAGAUUACAAAACUGCCAAAUUUAUAGUUUUUUUUAAAUUUUUCUAUUUUUGAACUGUGGGGGUCAUUUAUUAAGAUCAGCGAUUGAUACGCCUGUCUAAAUCCCUGUGCGCUGCCGGUGGAU